AUGCAGCACAUCAAGGACGUUGACGAUGGUCACUCGACUAUUAUCAUGGUGCAGGUUGAGAACGAAGCAGGUCUGCUUGGUGAUUCUCGGGACGGCUCCGCGGCUGCAGAGAAGAGAUUCCGCGAAUUAGUUCCAAACGACUUGGUAACAUUUCUGGAUCAGGAAUGGCCAAAUCUUCACGCCGACCUUAAAGCAAAUCUGAAUAACUUUGAAUCCCAGAAAAACCCCAAUGGCUCAUGGGAGCAAGUCUUUGGCAAAGGUCCACGUACCGAUGAACUCUUUAUGGCAUAUCACUACGCACGAUACUUGAACCAAGUGGCUGCAGCAGGAAAGCAGGUGUAUCCUAUCCCGCUAUAUACGAAUGUCUGGCAGAACUACGAAGGCGAUGGUGACGAGUUCCCUAUUGUUGCCGGCGGCGGCAGCCUCCCGGGUGAUUAUCCAUCAGGAGGUGGUACUAGCAAUGUUCUCGAUAUUUGGCAGCAUUUUGCUCCUUCGCUCGAUUUCAUCUCGCCUGACAUCUACCUUAACGACUAUACCAAGUCAUGUUACAAAUACCGCCACCGCAAUCAACCACUGUUCAUUCCGGAGCAGCGCCGCGAUGAAUACGGCGCACGGCGUAUUUGGAUAGCAUACGGCUCAUUUCAGGCUAUUGGGAUAUCGCCAUUUGGCAUUGAUACUCUUGAACCAGCCACUAAUCCGUUCACCAAGCACUACCGGCUCCUGAAGUCGGUAUCGUCGCUGAUUCUCGACGCUCAAACUCGUCCGGAUGCAUCAGUCGGGUUUUACUUCGACGAGCUCAACGACAAUGGCACUGACAGGUCUGCGCCAGUCGUAAAACACUGGGGCGGUUAUGAGAUAACUGUUGAGCGGUGUUUUGUGUUCGGCAAGCCCGGCCCUGGCGCAGGUAUGGUUAUCCACCUCGGCGGGCCGAAGUUCCUCCUGAUCGGUUGGGGCUUCCAGGUGCGCGCACGCUCAUUAUCCCCAACUAGCAUUUACACGGGUAUUCUGCGUUUCCGGGAAAAGCAGGUAGCUAACCAAGAGACUGGCGAGUUGCGGACCCUGCGGGCACUUAACGGCGAUGAGACUCGGAGCGGGAUGGCCGCAAUGAUGCCAAAUGAAGAGCCAGACUAUGGGGGAUUUCCGAUUUGUGUGACAAUCCCGGCGCAUACAAUGAUUGCAGAGCUCGAGGUUUACUCGAUUGACGAGGUUGACGAUGUUUGA